AUGGAAGGACUGCGAAAGGGUUGGGGGACAGGCCUGGUGCGCUUAGCCGUGCGCCCUUGCCCGCCGCCCUACUCCUCGCCCAUGGGCGCCGGGCACCUGAGGGAAGGGCGGGGAAUCCCGACUCCUUCACCGCCGCGCCCUCUCCGCCCUCUCCCCGCCUCCUUCUCGGGCGUCCCGAGGCUAACCCCCCCACUCGACGGCCGCGACCCCGCAGGCCCCGCCGCCCAGCCACAACCCCCUCCCCCGCCGCCCCGGACGGUGGAAGCGCUCUCGGGUCUUCAACAACGAAAGGCGGGCGGGAGCCGCCCCCGGGCCAGGCCACGGCCCCUCGGGCUUCCCGGAAGCUCGGUGCGCGGGUGGCACCACCGCGCCCGGAGCCACCGCUGCGCCCCCAGGCAUCCCCACCCCGCGGUGAGAGUGUCGGAGGCUACGCAGGUGAACGCGCAGGCGGCCGCGGGGAGGGGUAUCCGGUGA